AUGGUUUCUGCUAUUGCUGCUAAUGUUUCUGCACAAAUAAGUAUGAUCCCAAUGCUGAAUGAGACGAAUUUCAAGAUCUGGAAAGAGAACGUGGAAAUCGUUCUCGGCUGUAUGGACUUAGACGAUGCGCUAAGGAUCGAGCGACCCACUUCCAUUACAGAAAAUCCGAACACGGAUAAAAUUGAGAAGUGGGUUCGCUCUAACCGCAUGAGUCUAAUGAUCAUGAAACGCCCCAUUCCGGAAGCGUUUUGGGGCUCUAUUACUGAGAGCACUAAUGCCAAGAAGUUCCUCACAGAAAUUGAGCAAUAUUUUACCAAGAAUGAAAAUGUGGAAACAAGUAAUGUUUUGGCAAAACUCAUUUUCAUGCAGUAUAAAGGAAAAGGGAACAUAAGGGAGUACAUUAUGGAGAUGUCUAAUCUCGCUGGGAAACUCAAGGCACUAAAGUUAAAGCUAUCUGAGUAUCAAAGUGCGAUUCCAGAUGAUUAA